AUGUCACGCCGCCGCUUCCGCCUCCCCGUGCCCGACCGGCUCAAGGGCCUGCCGUUCCCCGUGGUCCGCAUCAUUGCGGCCCUCGUGACCGUCAACCUGCUCGUCUGGGCCGCCGUCGCGCCCGUGCUGCACUUCUACCCGGCCAUGAUCAGCCCCGCGGUGCUCUCGUACACGCUGGGCCUCCGCCACGCCCUCGACGCCGACCACAUCAGCGCCAUCGACCUCAUGACCCGCCGCCUCAUCGCCUCGGGCCAGCGGCCCGUCACCGUCGGCACCUUCUUCAGCCUCGGCCACUCGACCAUCGUCAUCAUCACGUGCAUCGUCGUCGCCGCCACCUCGGGUGCCCUCCGUGACCGCUUCGACAACUUUGCCUACAUCGGUGGCAUCAUCGGCACCAGCGUCAGUGCGGCGUUCCUGAUCCUGCUGUGUCUCGGCAACAGCUGGGUGCUGUAUCGGCUCGUGCAGAGGCUGCGGGCCACGCUGCGCGAGGAUGACCCGCACCACUAUGGCCAGGCUAGCGAGCAUGGUGCGGUCGCUGCCGAUGGGCAGGACGCCGCUGUGAAUGACCUGCAGCUCGAGGGCGCGGGGUUCCUGGCCAACGUGUUCCGGAAGCUCUUCCGCAUCGUGGACAGGCCGUGGAAGAUGUACCCCCUGGGGGUGCUCUUUGGGCUGGGCUUCGACACCAGUUCCGAAAUUGCCAUCCUGGGGAUCGCUAGUGUCCAGGGUGCGCAAGGCACUAGUCUCUGGGUCAUCUUGAUCUUUCCCUUGCUCUUCACUGCCGGCAUGUGCAUGCUCGACACCACGGACGGCGCCCUCAUGAUGUCCCUGUACACCUCCAAGGCCUUUGCCCGCGACCGCGUCGCCAUCUUGUACUACUCGAUCGUCCUCACCACCAUCACCAUUGUCGUCGCCGCGUUCAUCGGCUGCAUCCAGGUCCUCUCGCUCGCGCAGAACAUUGUUCAGCCCGAAGAGGGCGAGUCGCCGUUCUGGGACGGGCUGUCAGCCAUCAGCGAUCAUUUUGACGUCAUUGGUGGAUCAAUCUGCGGCCUGUUCUUGGUGGUCGGGUUGGGCUCGGUGCUAGUGUACAAGCCAUGGCGCAGAAUGCUCGGCAAACCCCCUGAGGACCAGACUCCCAGGAAACUCGCUUGCUGCGGUCCAGAGACUUCAGAUCAGUCUGAUGAUAGUGUCUUCUGCGUCGGCAAAGUGUGA